AUGUCACAUAAAGCCAAAGCUCCGGUAUACAAUACCGACAAUGGCGAAAAACCACCUCCAUCGAUCGAAGACGAGAGAAUUAGUCCCAAAACUUUCUACAAGCUAGCUGCUCUUGCUUUAGAAUCUGACUCUGAAUCUGGAUCUGGAUCUGAGGUUGAGGAGUAUGAAGCUCAUCAGGGACCAUAUUAUGAUUACAGACAUGAAGAGAGAUCUCGUGCGAGAUCUCCAUCUCCUGAGCCUGUUUAUAGGCAAUCGAGCUGUAAGUCUUAUGGAAGAGAAGAAUAUCGCAGACCAACAGUUCCUCAGCCAGAUCCGACAGAAGAAUAUCGUGCCCGAAAGCGAGCCGAGCGAGCGGCUCGAGCUGCCAGGGAUGAUGAGCCUCAACAAUCUCGCCGUAGCCGCAGAGCUCCUUCCCCUGAGAGAAAAGAGUAUCGUAGAGGUAGAGGAGAAUAUCGCAGACCUCAUGUUCCUCAUCCAUCCCGAAAUCAAUACUACAACCCCAGAGCUCGAUCACCAUCUCCUCCUCCCACACGACCAAGAUAUCAACCCGAAUCUUCCCACAAAUCUUCUUCGUCCUCAUACUCAUCUUCUAGUCGCACACGUGCAGAGAUAUUAAGGAAGAUGGAAGAAGAACGAGAAGACCGAGAAAGAGUCAGAGAGGAUCUUCGAGCAAGACAAGAACUCAAAAAGGAGAGGCUGAGAAGACAGCAUGAAGAAGAAUUAGAUUAUAUCAGAUUGCGAAGAGAGGAGGAAGAAGAAGAAGAACGUCUUAAGGAUCGUCUUAGACAGAGACAAAAUGGUCCAGACGAAAAAUAUCAAUUUCGUUCCAAGCACGAACCCCACAAAAGCUCCAGAUAUGAAGAACCCGGAAUAUAUGAAUCUCGCUCGAGACCUAGCUACAGAGAUCCAGAAUACGGGUACGACUAUACGAGAAAGGAAGUUAGAGUUCCGGAGCCGAGAAAGGGGGAGAAAUUGAGAGUCGAUGUCCCUGAGGGGUGGAGAGUUGUUAUGGUGGUUGAGGAUUAG